AGACAUGUCUGCUGCCAGCAAUCUGCGAUCUGAAGAUCAGUUUCUGUGCUCCAUCUGUCUGGAUGUGUUCACUGAUCCAGUCAGCACACCAUGUGGACACAACUUCUGCAAAACCUGCAUCAGUCAGCACUGGGACAUGAAUCAGAGCUGUAAGUGUCCCAUGUGUAAUGAGACUUUCAACAUUAGACCUCAGCUGAGGGUCAACACCUUCAUCUCUGAGGUGGUUGCUCAGUUCAGACGUGAAGCUCAGCAGAAAGCCAGCAGCAGCAGCUCAGAGCAACAAGCUGCCAAAGCAGGAGAAGUUCCCUGUGACGUCUGCACUGGAACCAAACUGAAGGCCCUGAAGUCCUGCCUGGUGUGUCAGACCUCCUACUGUCAGACUCACCUGGAGCCUCAUCUGACAAAGGAAGCUCUGAAAAGACAUCAACUGAUUGAUGUUGCGGAGAACCUGGAAGGCAGGAUGUGUACGAAGCACGAUAAACCUCUGGAGCUGUUCUGUAAGACCGACCAGACAUGUGUCUGCAUGCUCUGCUCUGUUUUAGACCACAAGAACCACGAGUUUGUUCCUCUGAGAGAAGAAUAUGAAGGAAAGAAGGCAGAGCUGGAGAAGACAGAGGCUGAGAUUCAGCAGAUGAUCCAGAAGAGACAACUGAAGAUUCAGGAGGUCACAGAGUCGGUGAAGAUGAGUAAAGAUGCUGCAGACAGACAGAAAGCAGAAGGUGUUCAGGUCUUCACGGCUCUGAAGGAGUCUGUUGAGAGACGCCUGAAAAAGUUCAUAAAGGAGAUCGAAGACAAACAGGAAGCUACAGAGAAACAGGCUGAAGGUCUCAUCAAAGAUCUGGAACAGGAAAUCUCUGAGCUGAUGGAGAGAAGUUCUAAGGUGGAGCAAAUCUCAUGCUCUGAAGACCACCUCCACCUCCUCCAAAGUUUCUCCUCCCUGAAAGCUGCUCCACCAACCAAGGACUGGACAGAGGUCAGAGUUCAUCCACCAUCAUAUGAGGGGACUGUGGUGAGAGCUGUGGCUCAGCUGGACGAGACAGUCUGGAAAUAUAUGAAUGACUUGUUUGAUGCUGAGCUGCAGCAGGUCCAACAGUAUGCAGUGGAUGUGACUCUGGAUCCUGAUACAGCACAAACUAAUCUAAUCCUGUCUGAUGAUGGAAAACAAGUGCACUGUGGUGAUGUGAGGAAGAAUCUUCCAGACAACCCAGAGAGAUUUUCUGACUGUGUUAUGAUUUUAGGAGAGCAGAGUUUCUCUUCAGGCAGAUUUUACUUUGAAGUUCAGGUUAAAGGAAAGACUAAAUGGGAUUUAGGAGUGGCCAGAGAGUCAAUCAACAGGAAGGGAAAAAUCACACUGAGUCCUCAGAAUGGUUUCUGGACUGUAGUGCUGAGAAAUGGAAAUGAGUACAUAGCAUGUGCUGACCCUCCAGUCCGUCUCUUUCUUCUUCCUGGUCCUGAGAAGGUGGGGGUGUUUGUGGAUUAUGAGGAGGGUCUGGUCUCCUUUUAUGAUGUAGGUGCUGCAGCUCUGAUCUACUCCUUUACUGGCUGCUCCUUCACUCACAAACUCCACCCAUACUUCUGUCCAAGUCUAAGUUAUUGUGGUAAAAACUCUGCACCUCUAAUCAUCUGUCCUGUCAAUCAAACAACAUCAACGACUGAUUUUAUUUGAUGAACUGAUUGAUUUUUAUUGAA